AUGGCGAGCUUCGGCGUCGUCCUCGGCCUCUUCCAGCUCUGCUUCGCGGUGGGGGUGGCGUGGACGUCGCCGACGGCCGCGGCGCUGUUCCAGUGCGUCGAGCCGUCGACGGCGGCCGUCAUCGGCGCGGCCGUCGGCCUGGAGCCCUGCACGCUCGCGAAGCUGGGCUCCGCGGUCCUCGCCGGCGGCGGCGUCGCGCUGCUGCAGCUCGGCGGCGGCGCCGCCGCCGCCGCCGCGGGCCCCCGGUGGCGCGCGGGCCUGGGCUCGUGCCUGCUGUUCUGCCAGGGCGUCGGCAUCGCGACCUACUGCCUGCUCCAGAAGCAGCUGGUCCGGGGCGACGACGGCGCGGCGUCCGACGACGACGACGACGGGGAGACGGGCGGCGACGCGCUCCUCGGCGCGCGCGGCGCCGCGCGCGAGCCGUGGGGCCCCGUGACGCUCACGGCGCACGCCUGCGUCGGCUCCUGCGUCGUCAUGGCCUGCGCCGCGGUCGUCGACGGCGCCGCGGGCCUCGAGGCGCCCGCGCCGCUGAGCGCCGGCGCGGCCGCGCGCGUCGCCCGGCCGACGGCGCUCGCCGCGCUCGCCUACGCGGCGGUGCUGAGCAGCGUCGUCGGCUACUCGCUCCGCGCCUGGGCGAACCGCCACGUCGACGCGGCGACGCUCGUCCUCUACAACGCGGUCCAGCCGCCGCUCACGGCCCUCGUCGCGCUCGCGCUCGCGCCGGGCUCGUCGACCUACGGGGCCAGGGAGGGCGGCGCCACGGCGCUCGUCGUGCUGGCCGUCGCCGUCGCCGCGCGCGAGAAGCAGGGCCGGGGGAAGGGGGCGCGCGAGGGCAGCACGCAUCGAAUCUCGUGCGCGCAUCGCAUAAAAACGACGAUGACGAACGCCCGCGUCAAGCGCGCCCUCAUCGCCGUGCCGUCGGUGACGGACGUCGUCGGCGCCGGCGGCGUCGCGCCGCGCUGGCGGGGCUACACGAGGGAGCUCGAGGCGAGCGGCUGGGUCGUGGACCUCUGGACCGUCGACGCGGCGGACGCGGGCCAGCGCAUCCCGCGCUGCGCGCCGUCGCCGACGUGGAUGUGGGCGCUCUGGCGGCGCUUCGCGCAGUUCCGGCCCGACGUCAUGGUCGUCACGGACCUCUUCAACGACGUGAACCUCGCGCUGCUCUGCCGCGCGGCGCGCGUGCCGCUCGUCUACAGCGUGCACACGGACGGGUCGAAGCUGCCCGGCGGCGUGCCCGCGGCCGCGUCGCUGUCCCAGGCCAUCACGGCCGCGCUCAGCGCGCGCUGCGCGACGACGAGCGAGAGCUUCGCGCGCGUGCUCGCGGAGCGCGGCGUCGUGCCGAGCGCCGCGGCGCUCGCGCACUACCGGCCCGUGCCCGCGGCGGACCUCGCGACAUGCGCGGCGGCCCUCGACGACGCGACGGUGCGCGCCGAGCGCCGGCGCCUCGCGGGGUCCGGCGACCGCGCCCUGCUGGGCUACGUCGGCCGCUGGUCCGCGGAGAAGCGCAUGCGACUUUUGGUCGCGUGCGCUCAAAAAUGCGACGACUUCACGCUCGUCGUCGUCGGCGACGCGGCCGACGAGGCCAUCGCGCGCGACGUCGAGGCCUGGCACGACCCGCCGCGCGUCGUCGUGCGCCGGGGCAUGCGCCGGCGGGGGCCCGAGCUCGCGGCGACGUACCGCGCGCUCGACUUCCUCGUCUCCGCGUCCGACUUCGAGACCUUCGGGAACACGUGCGCCGAGGCGGCGGUCUGCGGCACGCCGGCGCUGGUCCAGGACGGCCCGGGCUUCGUGGACCAGGUCGGCUCGAGCGCGGCCCACGGCGACGCGCCGCCGGGGGUCUUCGCGUCGGACCGCGGCGCGCUCCUCGACUUCGGCUCGCCCGACGCCGCGGCCCUGCUGUCGCGGGCCCGGGCCCACUGCGCGCCCCUCGUCGCCGACCCGAAACGCGUCAUCGACGCCGCCGCGGCCGCCGCGGAGCGCGGCGCGACGAUCGCGGGGCUCCUGGACGCGGCCGCGCGGCCCUGGGACGCGCGGCCGCCCGCGCCGCGCUGGAACGUGGCGGCCUGGUUCCUCGCGUCGCUGGUCCUCGCGGCGUCCCUGCGCCUCUUCGUGUCGUCCUACGCGGCCUACCUCAACGUCGCCCUCGCCCUGUCGCGCGCCGUCGAGGCCUGCGCGCCGACGGUCCGGCGCUGGCUCCGGCCGCCCGCGCGCCGCGUCCGCUGGGCCGGGUCGCUGCGCCUCGACACGUGCCUGCGCACGUCCAUGGACUCCGUCAAGCGCGGCAUCCGCCGCGUCCGCGCGCCGCAGCUCAACCUCGUCCCGGACAACCCCUUCGACGACUACCACCUCGAGCCCAUCGUCAAGCUCGAGGGCCUCCGGGAGACCGCGGCCGCGCUGGCGCUCCCGAAGCGCCAGGCCGCCAAGUUCGCGAAGAAGAAGUAA